GAAGACAGCCUGUGGUUAAGAGGAACUUGCCAACAAUGUAAAGGCGAAACAGACUAAGCAAUGGGAGGACAGGUGAUGGAGGGGGUAGAAAGAGACAGAAAGGAAAUUGCUGGUAGCCACAGAGGAAUCAACAGGAAAUAGUAAGUCAACUUCUUGGUGCAUUAAACUGUGAAAUACAAGUUUCUACAUUUUUUGUAUGUGACACAGCUUGCACGUCCACUUCCUCUCACUAGGAUCCCCCCCUUUCCACCAGUAAAAUCUCUGAAGAAACACAAAUCUUUCUAAAUAAUGAUGACUAAAGGAGAACAAGAGGAUGAAACAAAUAAGGAAAUUUGACACAUGGGUCACAGGAGAGCAAAGUUCUGGAUCCGAAGGUUUGAAUUGAUUUAGACAUCAAAUAAAGGGGUGGUGGACUUAAUACAGUAGUAUUAUAGGUCUGGAUUGAAAGUCAGUGUUAAUGAGGACGCAUAGGGUGAAAGAAGCGCCCAUACAGCAGGUAAUGAACAUUAGAAACAGAGCAGAAAGAGAACUGAGACUAAAAAGAGGAAUAAAUAAAAGUCAGGAGUUAAACGAGACAGUCCAUACAGCACACAAAGCUGAGACUCCAAGAGUGCUGGAGGGACAAAGAAAACCGAGACAGAGAGCUUGUGGAGAUGGGGAGCACAGACAGUGAGAGGUGUGGAGUACAUGCAGGGAAAAGCUGCAGAAAGGACUCCGAGAAAGAUGUUCAGCCUUUGAUGGAGAAAUGUGACAGAGGUGUAUAUCUUGAUCAAAGAGAGGAGCAUAAGGCUCAGACCAUCAAGUGUCACAGGGAACAGCUGCUUGAAUCAAUUAAGAACCUGCAGAAUGAGAUAACUGAAAUAGUGGCAGAUAUUGAUGAUUUUGAGCGCAUGGAGCAAAGACGUAAAAUCCAGAAGGAGAAUGAACUGUACCGAGCUAGCAGAAAAUUUAACAUGGACCCAGAUAAGGGCAUAGAACUACUGAUUGAGAAAAAACUCCUGGAGAGAGAACCCGGACAAAUUGCUGAUUUCUUAUAUCAAGGGGCAGGACUUAGCAAGACCGCAAUAGGAGAGUUCCUUGGUCAAAUGAAUCCCCUACAUAUUAAAGUCCUGCAGGCGUUUGUAGAACACCAUAAUUUAACCAGACUUGGUCUGGUUGAAGCUCUAAGGCAGUUUCUUAGUAGAUUUCGUCUGCCAGGGGAGGCUCAGAAAAUUGAUAGGAUGAUGGAAGCUUUCUCAACACAUUACUGCCAGUGUAACCCAAAGAUCUUCAAGUCUACAGACAGCUGCUACAUUGUGUCCUUCUCACUGAUUAUCUUGAACACUUCACUGCACAAUCCAAAUGUUAAGGAGAAGCCAGAUUUGCAGCAGUUCCUGUCUAUACACAGAGGGAUACAUGCAGGAGGAGACCUACCAGCCGAACUACUUACUGAAAUGUAUGACAGCCUAAAAAAGGAACCAUUUAAAAUUCCUGAAGAAGAGGAUGCAUGGGAGCGAACACAUGCCUUCCACAAGCCACAACGCGAAGGUUGGCUGCUCAAAUUGGGUGGUCGUGUAAAAACAUGGAAGAAAAGGUGGUUCAUUCUCAAGGACAACUGUCUUUACUACUUUGAGUGCAUCGCGGAUAAAGAACCACUUGGAAUAAUCCCUUUAGAGAACCUGUCUGUUGAAAUUGCAGAAGAUCCCAAAAAGCCGCAUUGCUUUGACCUACAUGCAAGGGGGCAAACUAUCAAAGCUUGUAAGACACAUGGUGAUGGGCGAAUGGUCCAGGGCAAUCAUCAGUCGUAUCGUUUGUCUGCACAAAGCCAUGAAGAGAGAGAGUGCUGGAUGCAGAGUCUAAGAUCCAGCAUAUCUUGGGAUCCAUUCUAUGAUAUUGUGUCAAUUCAGAAGAAAAUAACAGCAAUCAAGAAAAGUUACUAGUAACCAGGGAAAAUAUGUAUUUUGCUUUAUCUAUGAUGUGAUACUGGCACAACGUUGAGCAAGUGAUAUUGACACGGAACACUUUCUAUCCAGACUACAAUGACUCUCCCAGAACAUUACAGAGAUAUGUGCCCAGUAUGGAGCAGAAUGCUCAAACGGAAGACUUUCCAUCUAGCAGAGAGAUGUUCAUCCUUCCGCAACCUCCCAAAAUUACUUUGUGUAGAGUUAAACAUUUGUAUGGAUUAA